AACACAACUCCAACUUGGAAAGAAGAAAUUUCUUCAACAUAAUUAUAUAUAUGUUAUUAUCAGACCAGAAAUACUCUUAUUCGAGAAUCUACAACGCUGAUAUGUUUGAGAUGAAAAUCAAACCCACCUUUCCGCUCUGUCAGAAUACUUGAUUGAGCAGGACGUGCCCGGUGCAGGCGUGCUCGUCACUACGAGAUGCACAGAAACACCGCGAACAUGCGGCUGCGAGGAUCGCGGUGAGCUUCAGUAAAAAUCACCUGGUCGUGCCACGAAGGCUUGACGAAUGGAUGAAGAACCGGAUCGAUGGAGCACGAGUGCGGCUGGAAAGAGGCUGGCCCAGACUCUGAAAAGAGCGAGGUCGCCGACCGACUCAACGAACAAGUUAAACAAUAUUGAUUUGGCGAUCGUGAGCGCCUAUCCUGCAUAUGAGCCCACCUCAACCGAGGCUGAUAAGAUCGACAAAGCAAGAGAGCGUCUGGACAGAGGUUCUCAAGACCCCGAAGUCCGAGAGGACUCGUUCUUCAGCGUUACUACUGCCCUAACAACCAUGGCUGAAGACGCGAAGAGCUACGCCGAAGACAUCCAAGUCCUCGAGCACCUUGAUGAGGAUGACAAGGUGACUGUUCUGUCGGCUACAAUGCCACUCGCCCUCCUGUCUGGAGAGACUGACGCGACGGGGCAUGGAACACGAGCGCCAGUUCCCUCUACUGGUUUAUCAGAGAAUUCAACCAGCCAAACUGCGUCUGAUGGUGAUAAUGAGGGAACCGUUUUAAAGACGCUCAAGUCGAGGAAAGCAACGUCGGCGUGGGUUCAGCCCAACCAAACAGUGAUUGCUGCAUACCAUGACGAGGACAUGCUCGACAGCAACGACGAGCCUCACCAAGUGCCUGUCCAUGGCACCUAUUUUGACAAUGUCUGGACACCAGGCAAUAGUGGGUCAACGGUGACAAAUGGGGACAUGAGGAUUGUCCGAAAGUAUGUGCGCGCCAGCCGUCUAUUUAUCCCCCGAGACGGAGCCAAACAUAUGCCAGACCGUUUGCCGGUUGAGAUCCCCGGCCCAGAGAGCGCAACACCUGCAGUUUAUGUGGGUAUCUCGAGGGUCGCCAUACAGCAUGUGUUUAUGCGGAACAAGGCCAAGGUCAACAAGGUCUCAUUCGCAGACAACACAGAGAGCUUCGAUCUGAGGGCUGAGCCUUCCAAUGUCGUGGCAGGGAUCAACACAAUUUUCCACGAAGGUUGUACUGUGCAGGGAAACAUCUCGCGGCUCAAACGAUUUGUGAAGGACAAGACAACAGUUUUCGAGGAGCAACCGGCGCCAAUGGAAAGACUCGUGCGCCAGAACAACCGAGUCCUACAAUAUCUUCCCAUCGAACCUGUGCAAAACCGCAAAGCCAGCGACGAUGCCGGACAUCAGCCAUCUUAUCGUAUCGUUAACAGAAGGGAGCUGGAAACUAUACUCAUUGGAUUUAUCUUGCCGCGCACUUGGGAUGUUUGA